AUGACUUUAGAAAGCCGACUGGCUGGAAAGCCUAAGAUUCUAUUCUUCACAGAUGCUACCGCCAUUCUUUUCAUAUUCUCCGACCUCCAGAAAUGUCAUACCGCGGUGUGGCUACAUGGUGAUCAAUGUGCUGACAGCCACAGUACGAACGAUUUCAUCACUGAUGGCUACGGUAUGGGCUAUGACAAGCGACGAGUCUUGAUGGACCUCAUCCUCGAGGAGAAAGAAACGUUCCGAGAUGGUUUCCAAAAGAUGGUCGACUCCUGGCACAUGCCCUUCCCUCGUGUCCUCCAGAUUCUGAGUGAGAACAUCAAGCUCGACCCCGGCUUUAAGGAUUUCGUGAUUUGGGCUCGGGAGAACAAGGUGCCCGUCAUUGUGCUUAGCUCCGGCAUGUACCCCGUUAUCGAGACUCUGUUGAAAUUGCUUCUUGGGGACGAUCUUGCCGCUGAUCUCGAGAUCAUCUCGAAUGAGACUCGUUUACUAUCACCCAAGAACAGUCUAGACGAAACGGACGGUUGGACGAUAAAGUACCAUGAUGACAGCGGCUUUGGACAUGAUAAGAGCCUAACUCUGCGGCAAUACGCCAAAGCAAUUCAGCAGCUCCCAGAGCCAGACCGCCCGUCGAUGCUGUAUGCCGGUGAUGGUGUCAGCGAUCUCAGUGCUGCCCGGGAAAGCGACCUUCUCUUCGCCAAGGAAGGCCAGGAUCUGGUGACAUACUGCGAGCGUGAAGGAAUCCCCUUUACCACCUUCAAAGACUGGACCGACAUUCUUUCUGAAACGAAAGAGAUCUUUUCUGGCCAGAAGAGCGUGAAGAAGGUGGCCGAAGAAGGUCUGACUCGAGUACGGACCAACUCUAUCGAGCUCCAGCGCACACAAAAGCCUCGACGUGCGAGCUCGUUCGACCAGGCUGCGGCGGAUCAGGAGCUUAGGCGGUUACGGGGCGGGGUAGCCGUUGAAGACGCCAUCAGAGAGUGA